CGCGCCGGGCCGCCCGGGCUCGCGGGCUCCCGGGCUCGCGGGCUCGCGCCUGCUGCCUGCGGGGCCUGCACGGACGCGCCGCGCUCUCGCGCAAGGUCGGGCGCCCGACUUCUUUCGGGACUCGGUCGUUUUCCCCUUUGUGUCCAGACUUAGCAGGGGCUCUUGCUGGGCCCUCCUGGCCCGAGCGCGCACGCCCCAACAUCCUGGCCGCGUUUCCGUGUCGCAUCUCCUAAUGUUCAGGAAAUGCUUCCGGAUGUCCAACUAAGAUUUGAAUAAGCGGCCUGACCCCGUUGCUGGGCGUCCUCAGAGGCCGCCCCUGGCUGACAGCUGUGGGCGAUAGAGACGCCUCCUGUGCUCUGCCGUCUCUCCCAUCGCCUCCUCCCGCGGUCAGCGCCGCCAGCCUCGGAGGGGCACUUCCUCCGUGGGUUUGAGGAUGGACAGGACUUAGCGCUCUGGCCUGGGAGGCGGGAGAUACAGAGACUUCCACAGAAGGACCAGAUCCUCGGAUGUGCCCCCUUACAGAGAGAUGAAGGGGCAGCAGAAAACAGCUGAAGCAGAAGAGGGGACGGUGCAGAUUCAGGAAGGUGCAGUGGCAACUGGGGAGGACCCCACCAGCGUGGCUAUAGCCAGCAUCCAGUCGGCUGCCACCUUCCCUGACCCCAACGUCAAGUACGUCUUCCGAACUGAGAAUGGGGGCCAGGUAAGGGAGGGGGCCAGGCGGCUGCAGGUGUUACCCGGGGUUGGGGCUGAGGUGGGGAGACCUGGCUUGGAGGGCUGGGGGAAGGCAGUGAUCCAGGGUGCAUUCACCAGUGACGAUACGGUUGACGCUGAGGGAACGGCGGCGGAGACACACUACACGUACUUCCCCAGCACUGCUGUGGGCGAUGGGGCCGCGGGCAGCACCUCGGGGAGCACUGCCGCGGUGGUCACGACUCAGGGCUCGGAGGCACUGCUGGGGCAGGCGACCCCUCCCGGCACCGGACAAUUCUUUGUGAUGAUGUCGCCCCAAGAAGUAUUGCAGGGGGGAAGCCAGCGCUCAAUCGCCCCAAGGACUCACCCUUAUUCCCCGAAGUCAGAAGCUCCCAGGACCACUCGGGAUGAGAAACGCAGGGCUCAGCAUAACGAAGUCGAACGCCGCCGCCGAGACAAGAUUAACAAUUGGAUCGUGCAGCUGUCCAAGAUCAUCCCUGACUGCUCCAUGGAGAGCACCAAGUCUGGCCAGAGUAAAGGUGGGAUCCUGUCCAAAGCCUGCGAUUACAUCCAGGAGCUUCGGCAGAGCAACCACAGGUUGUCUGAAGAACUGCAAGGGCUUGACCAGCUGCAGCUGGACAAUGAUGUGCUUCGACAGCAGGUGGAAGACCUUAAAAACAAGAACCUGCUGCUUCGAGCUCAGUUGCGGCACCACGGAGUAGAGGUCGUCAUUAAGAACGACAGCAACUAACUGUGUGGACUAGGGGGGCUUCGGGCCCUGCAGCGCCUUCCUGAGAACUGCAGAGAGCCCGGGAGCAGCAGGCCAACCCCGUGCCCCUUUCCUUCACUGCCCACCGCCGGCGUGGGACCAGGGCGGUCAGAAGGCCUGGCUUUGAACUGAGGCCUGAUCCAGCGGUGUGAAACACGAACGUGGGCGUGCGCGGACAGCCCCGCCCAGCCCCGCCGGCAGCCCCUGGGCUCUUUCGCUCCUCUCGCACAUGCAUGUGCUGUCUCCAUGCUGGAUACUGGAUAACCAAGACCGGGGGGCUUGCCCUGCGCCCGCGCACAGUGCCAGCAGAGGGCCCGCUACCGAGUGACGCGCCGGCCUGCCCCAGGACUCUGGCGCUUGCCCUGGUUCUUCCUUAGCCCAGAGCGCAGAUGUGUGCCUGAGGUCUCUGGGGAACGGGCUUUAGCAGGAGGUGGGGGAAAGGAUGCUUAGCAGUGGCCGCCGCCGCAGGAAGAGGAGACUGGCCAGCAAGCAUCUAAAGCCUAUGCAGAAGUCUCUGGAGCCAGGGAGAACAACAGACACGGGCCCCUUGGGGCCUUCCCUUUGUGGGGACGGUUUUUCUUUUUCUUUCCUUCUUUCUUUCCUUUUUUUUUUUUUUUAAAGAUAAAAUGUUAAGAGCGA